GCCACGGGCCGCGUGGAGGGCUUCGCCAGCGCCCGCCAGCUCUACGCGCAGAUCGCCCAGGUCUUCGGCAUCAACCCCGCGCAGAUCAUGUUUUGCACUUUGAACACUCAUAAAGUUGAUAUGGACAAGCUCUUAGGAGCACAAAUUGGCCUCGAAGACUUUAUAUUUGCCCAUGUGAAAGGACAACGGAAAGAAGUGGAAGUUCUAAAAAAUGAGAAUGUGCUCGGGCUUACUAUCACGGACAAUGGGACAGGCUGCGCAUUUAUAAAGCGAAUUAAAGAAGGCAGCCUAAUGGACCAAAUCAAAACUGUCUGUGUGGGUGAUCACAUAGAGUCUAUAAAUGGGAUAAAUGUGUCAGAUUGUCGACAUUACAAAGUUGCCAAGAUGCUAAAAGACCUGGAGAAAGGUCAGAUAUUUAAGCUGGAGUUGAUAGAGCCCAUGAAAGCAUUUGAAAUGUUGGAACCAAGGUCACAAGGUGGAUCUCUGCCAGAGGCUAAAAUCUCCAGAGGGAGAGAAACGCUUCGACUGAGAACGAAAGGCCCUGCCACUGUGGAGGAAAUGCCAUCAGAAGCUGAAGAAAAAGCAAUAAAAAAGGUGGAUGAACUUCUUGAAACAUAUAUGGGGAUAAGAGACAUUGAAUUAGCUGCAACAAUGGUGGAAGCUGGAAAAGACAAGAAGAACCCGGAUGAGUUUGCAAUGGCAUUGGAUGAAAGUCUUGGGGACUUUGCUUUUCCGGAUGAGUUUGUCUUUGAUGUAUGGGGAGCAAUAGGUGAUGCCAAGCAAGGGCGACUUGAAUGAAAACUGGGCAAUUUAUCAAUCUCUGUUUGAAAAUAGAAAAUU